UCCACCUCCCGGCCUUUCCUGCGCCUGCGCGAUACCCGCUCGUAGUUGGGUGCUGACCCGCCGCGGCUAUGGACGACGAGGAGGAGACGUACAGGCUGUGGAAGAUCCGCAAGACCAUCAUGCAGCUCUGUCAUGAUCGAGGCUACCUAGUGACCCAGGAUGAGUUGGACCAGACCCUGGAGGAGUUCAAGGCCCAGUUUGGAGACAAGCCCAGUGAAGGGCGGCCUCGGCGGACAGAUCUCACAGUCUUGGUGGCCCACAACGACGACCCCACUGACCAGAUGUUCGUCUUUUUCCCAGAGGAGCCCAAAGUUGGGAUUAAAACCAUCAAGAUGUAUUGCCAGCGAAUGCAGGAGGAAAACAUCACACGAGCCCUGAUUGUGGUCCAGCAAGGCAUGACUCCUUCGGCCAAGCAGUCUCUGGUCGACAUGGCUCCCAAGUACAUCCUGGAACAGUUUCUUCAGCAGGAACUGCUUAUCAACAUUACAGAACAUGAGCUGGUCCCCGAACAUGUGGUCAUGACCAAAGAGGAAGUGACGGAGCUGUUAGCCCGAUACAAGCUGAGAGAGAACCAGCUGCCCCGGAUCCAAGCGGGAGACCCCGUGGCUCGCUACUUUGGCAUCAAGCGAGGGCAGGUGGUGAAGAUCAUUCGGCCCAGUGAGACGGCGGGACGGUACAUCACCUACAGACUGGUGCAGUAGGUGCAGGGACAUUACACAAGCUUAGCCCCAGCACCCUCCGUUACCCGUGGAGACUGUUUAUACGCCAACCCAGAACAGAAAUGCUUGGAGCUUUUUUUUUUUUUAAUGAAAACUAAGGGUGUGGGCUUGAUGCUCUUAUCCACGCAAGCUUCUGGACUUUGCGAGAACGUUUUUCAACGGAGGGCCUCCGCCAGCGCCACAGUCUCAUGGCUGUGUUUGGCUACACACGAUUUCCCCCACUGGGCUGGUGGGGCUGUGACUGACUCCAGCGAUUCAGAUUUUGUGGAUGAGGGACGGGUGCUGAUUAAUUAAGCGGCCUUUGUAUUGGAGGGAAGAUCUCGGUUGGAAGCCAUGAACGGUUUGUGUCCUCCCUUCCCACAACUAGAGCGUGGCGUGCCCGCUCUAAUAAACUCUUUGAAAAGCUUGCGCUAGAAAAGUAUCCCAUCAUCUCUGGUGCUCUCUGAGCACUGCUGAAGGAAAAUAGCCCUCUAAAAACCAGCCUCUGUUGUGGAUGUGAAUGCAACUUUGUUUUAAUAAAAGAGCAGUGAAUCUU